AUGGGCAAAAGAUGCCACCAGUGUCCACAUUAUAAACGCGCCAUCCGCAACGUAGAUGUAAAAUCUAACCUUUUUUUUUUUUCACAUCUAUCUAUCUAUCUAUCUAUCUAUCUAUCUAUCUAUCUAUCUCAGCCUGCUUUGUAUCUUUCUCUAUCCUACCCCUUAGCAGAAUUCGCUAUAUCUAUCUAUCUAUCUAUGGGGAGAGAUAAAUUUAGUGGGUACACGAGUAAAAUAAAUGAAAGCUUUAUUAAAAUAAAGAAAAACUGUCGCUUGCUAUCUAUCUUUCUCGGUCUUUCUAUCUAUCUAUCUAUCCAUCUAUCAAAUCUCAGACUAUCUAUCUAUCUAUCUAUCCAUCUAUCAAAUCUCAGACUAUCUAUCUAUCUAUCUAUCCAUCUAUCAAAUCUCAGACUAUCUAUCUAUCUAUCUAUCUAUCUAAUCUCAGACCAUCUAUCUAUCUAUCUAUCUAUCUAUCUAUCUAUCUAUCUAUCUAUCUAUCUAAACUCAUCUAUAUUCAAUGAAUCUAUCUAUCUAUCUAUCUAUCUAUCUAUCUAUCUAUCUAUCUAUCUGUUGGUUUGGUUUAUUUUGUUUUACGACAUAUCAACACCUGGGUUGUUUAAUGGAAUGCCGACAAAUUUUUUAUUGCUGGUAAUAUUUUUUUAUCUAUCUAUCUAUCUAUCUAUCUAUCUAUCUAUCUAUCUAUCUAUCUAUCUAUCUAUCUAUCUAUUAUAG